AUGGGUUUCCUGGACAAGCUGGCGGUGCUGCCAAGACUUAGUGGAGCGGUGGCGGGCUGGGGUGGUGGUGCCUGGCGGCGGCCGGGCCCGCCCUGUGCGGGCGUCCCGCUCCCGGCCCGGGCCGCCGCUGCCCCCCGCCCGCCGCCCGGCGGCCGCGCUGCCUCCUCCCGGGCGCUGGGCAACUACGAGGAAGUUUUUCGGUCCUGCCUGGCGGAGCCCGAGAAGGUCUGGGGUGAAGUCGCCGAGCAGAUCCAGUGGUACAAGCCCUGGGUCCGGACCUUGGAGAGGGGCAGCCUGGGGAGCGCCUCGUGGUUUGUAGGUGGAGAGCUGAAUAUCUGUUACAACGCUGUAGAUCGUCAUGUUGAGAAUGGACGAGGAGACCAAAUUGCCAUUAUUUAUGACAGUCCUGUAACAAAUACCAAGGACAAAAUAACAUAUAAGGAACUUCUGGAACAGGUCUCCAGGUUAGCUGAUGUCAUGAUCAAACAUGGUGUGAAGAGAGGAGAUCGUGUGGUCAUCUACAUGCCCAUGAUUCCACAGACAGUGUACUGUAUGCUGGCUUGUGCAAGAAUAGGAGCCAUCCAUAGCCUGAUUUUUGGUGGAUUUGCAUCUAAAGAGCUUUCGGUUCGCAUUGAUCAUGCAAAGCCCAAACUUAUUGUAACAGCAAGUUUUGGAGUAGAACCGAAAAGAAAAGUGGAAUACAUAUCUCUCCUAGAAGCAGCACUGGCAAGGGUACAGAGUAAACCUGAUAAAGUUCUCGUUUACCAGCGACUUAAUUUGGGCCAUGUUCCUCUUACCAAGGGUCGUGAUCUUGACUGGGAAGAAGAGAUUGCAAAAGCACAGUGUUCAGAAUGUGUCUCUGUUCCCUCAGACCAUCCUCUUUAUAUUCUGUAUACAUCUGGAACAACAGGUUUGCCCAAGGGUGUUGUGAGACCAACAGGAGGCUAUGCAGUUAUGCUUAACUGGACCAUGUCAGCUGUAUAUGGCCUCAAACCUGGUGAGGUAUGGUGGGCAGCUUCUGAUUUAGGCUGGGUUGUUGGUCAUUCCUACAUUUGCUAUGGACCUCUCCUUCAUGGUAAUACUACAGUUUUGUAUGAGGGGAAGCCUGUGGGAACGCCAGAUGCUGGUGCCUAUUUCCGUGUGCUAGCAGAGCAUGAAGUAGCUGCCUUCUUUACUUCACCAACUGCAAUUAGAGCAAUCCGUCAGCAGGACCCUGAGGCAGCCCUGGGAAAGCAGUACUCACUGAAAAGGUUCAGAGCGAUGUUUGUAGCUGGUGAGCACUGUGAUGUGGACACGCUAGAAUGGUCAAAAAGAGUCUUCAAGGUGCCUGUCUUGGACCACUGGUGGCAAACUGAAUCUGGUUCUGCAAUUACGGCUUCCUGCAUUGGUUUGGGAAAUUCGACGACACCUCCACCUGGACAGGCAGGAAGACCAGUGCCAGGAUAUAAUGUCAUGAUUCUGGAUGAAAAUAAGAAACCAGUGAAGGCAAAGACUUUGGGAAAUAUUGUGGUAAAGUUGCCUUUGCCUCCUGGAGCAUUCUCAGGUCUUUGGGAAAAUCAAGAAACAUUUCAGAAGUUAUAUUUCCAAAAAUUUCCAGGAUAUUAUGAUACUAUGGAUGCUGGUUAUAUGGAUGAAGAUGGCUAUCUAUAUGUCCUGUCUCGAGCUGAUGAUGUGAUCAAUGUUGCUGGACACAGAAUUUCAGCAGGUGCGAUUGAAGAGUGUAUUCUCUUCCAUCCUGCUGUGGCAGACUGUGCUGUUGUGGGCCAGGAGGAUCCUUUAAAAGGUCAUGUUCCAUUUGCACUGUGCGUACUGAGACAAGGUAUAAAGACACAAGAGAGUAAGAUUUUGAAAGAGAUUGUUGAGCGAGUUCGGACCAACAUUGGUCCAGUAGCAGCUUUCCAGAAGGGGAUGUUUGUGACACAGCUACCAAAAACACGCUCUGGCAAGAUUCCACGUUCUGCUCUUUCUGCACUCAUCAGUGGAAAGCCAUACAAGAUAACACCGACCAUUGAAGAUGCUAAUGUGUUUAAACACAUUGAAGAAUUGCUAAAGAAAAAUUAAAUACAUAAGUACAUAAUAACAAGAAUUUCAAUUAUUCAAGUCUUUCUGCUAUAAAUUACAUCUCUGUAAUUU